AUUAUCUUCCUGGGAAACAUUGCUGCUUGCAUAUAAAGAAUCUCUUGCUGAGUUACUGCAACUGAGUGUAGAAUGUUACUUUACUUGUGAUUCUGAUGGAGGAAUAACUAGAUCUCAGGCUGCUGCACUGGAAGACCUUACAGGAAAUAAAAAAUGUCAUCUAAUAGGAGUCAGAACCCACAUGGACUUAAACAAAUUGGUCUUGACCAGAUAUGGGACGACCUAAGAGCUGGAAUUCAACAGGUUUACACCAGACAAAGCAUGGCAAAAUCCAGAUAUAUGGAACUCUACACUCAUGUUUAUAACUACUGUACUAGUGUACACCAGUCUAAUCAAGCACGAGGAGCUGGAGUACCUCCUUCUAAAUCAAAAAAAGGUCAAACACCUGGAGGUGCUCAGUUUGUGGGUUUGGAAUUGUACAAACGGCUAAAAGAAUUCCUGAAGAACUACUUGACGAAUCUCCUCAAGGAUGGUGAGGAUUUGAUGGAUGAAAGUGUGUUGAAAUUCUACACUCAACAGUGGGAAGAUUAUAGGUUUUCAAGCAAAGUACUCAAUGGGAUAUGUGCCUACCUCAAUCGACACUGGGUUCGUCGUGAGUGUGAUGAAGGUCGUAAAGGAAUAUAUGAAAUUUAUUCGCUUGCCUUGGUGACCUGGAGAGACUGCUUAUUCAGGCCAUUAAAUAAGCAGGUAACGAAUGCUGUAUUGAAGUUGAUUGAAAAGGAAAGAAAUGGUGAAACUAUCAAUACAAGGCUGAUCAGUGGAGUUGUACAAUCUUAUGUGGAACUGGGGCUGAAUGAAGAUGAUGCAUUUGCGAAAGGACCUACACUAACUGUCUAUAAAGAAUCCUUUGAAUCUCAGUUUCUUGCUGACACAGAGAGAUUUUAUACACGAGAAAGUACUGAAUUCUUACAACAGAACCCAGUCACAGAGUACAUGAAGAAGGCUGAGGCUCGCCUUCUUGAGGAGCAACGUAGGGUUCAAGUGUAUCUCCAUGAGAGCACACAAGAUGAAUUAGCACGAAAGUGUGAGCAAGUACUUAUUGAAAAACACCUGGAGAUAUUUCAUACAGAGUUUCAGAAUUUAUUGGAUGCUGAUAAAAAUGAAGACCUGGGACGUAUGUAUAACCUUGUAUCUCGAAUCCAGGAUGGCCUUGGAGAGCUGAAAAAGCUGUUGGAAACUCACAUUCAUAAUCAGGGUCUAGCUGCAAUUGAGAAAUGUGGCGAAGCAGCUCUAAAUGAUCCAAAAAUGUAUGUACAGACAGUGCUGGAUGUCCAUAAGAAAUACAAUGCUUUAGUCAUGUCAGCAUUCAACAAUGAUGCCGGUUUUGUGGCUGCACUAGACAAAGCUUGUGGUCGAUUUAUAAAUAAUAAUGCAGUGACAAAAAUGGCUCAAUCAUCCAGUAAAUCCCCAGAGCUGCUGGCACGAUACUGCGAUUCUUUACUGAAGAAAAGCUCAAAGAAUCCAGAAGAAGCAGAAUUGGAAGAUACACUUAAUCAAGUGAUGGUUGUCUUCAAAUACAUUGAAGAUAAAGAUGUGUUUCAAAAAUUCUAUGCUAAAAUGCUUGCAAAAAGACUUGUACAUCAGAACAGUGCUAGUGAUGAUGCUGAGGCAAGCAUGAUCUCUAAACUUAAACAAGCUUGUGGUUUUGAAUAUACGUCCAAGUUGCAGCGGAUGUUCCAAGAUAUUGGUGUAAGCAAGGACUUGAAUGAGCAAUUUAAAAAGCACCUGACCAAUUCAGAACCACUGGAUUUGGAUUUCAGCAUACAGGUGCUGAGUUCUGGAUCAUGGCCAUUUCAGCAGUCUUGCACAUUUGCUCUGCCCUCUGAGUUAGAACGGAGCUAUCAGAGAUUUACUGCAUUUUAUGCCAGUCGUCAUAGUGGAAGAAAAUUAACGUGGUUGUAUCAGCUUUCCAAAGGGGAACUGGUUACCAACUGUUUCAAAAAUAGAUACACACUACAGGCAUCCACAUUCCAGAUGGCAAUUUUACUGCAGUACAACACAGAAGAUGCCUACACCGUGCAGCAGUUGACAGACAGUACUCAAAUAAAAAUGGAUAUCUUGGCACAAGUUCUACAGAUACUGUUGAAAUCAAAAUUACUUGUUUUGGAAGAUGAAAAUGCAAAUGUUGAUGAGGUGGAGCUAAAACCAGAUACCUUAAUAAAGCUGUAUCUUGGUUAUAAAAACAAAAAGCUAAGGGUGAACAUCAAUGUGCCAAUGAAAACCGAACAGAAACAGGAGCAAGAAACUACACACAAAAAUAUAGAGGAAGAUAGGAAACUACUGAUUCAGGCUGCUAUUGUAAGAAUCAUGAAAAUGAGGAAGGUUCUAAAACACCAGCAACUACUUGGAGAAGUGUUAACACAGCUGUCCUCAAGGUUCAAGCCACGCGUUCCAGUAAUUAAGAAAUGCAUUGAUAUCUUGAUUGAGAAGGAGUACUUGGAACGUGUCGAUGGUGAGAAGGACACCUACAGUUACUUGGCUUAAUGUUUUUAUUAGCAAUUUUCUGACUGUGUGACACUCGGCAAAUAGGUAUGUGAUGGAAAGAAUGAAAGCAAAGGAACUUCAUAGCAGCCACCCUGCUGCCAUUUGGACCUCCCUUUUUAAUAACUGAGACCAGGACUCCCCAUCAGCCAGUCUCAGAUUUACAUCAGAACUGCUCAGGAUUGAUACAUUUCAAGUAUGUAAAUAUGGACACCAAUGCCAUUUAACCUAAUUUAAGAACAGAGAGGAAUCAGACCCUUCUCAUUUAAGGGUUGCAUGCUACUGCAUUUAAAUCAAUACAUUGGCUAUAUGAUAAACAGCUGCCGUCACUGGCAGCACUUACAAAUGUUGGCAGCACUUUGAGAGCAAGUCUGAAUGGACCCAUGUGUAAUCUGCUAUGGAAAAACCAUUUGUAUAGUGUGUUUCAUUUUUUAAUGUGUGAUAAAUAAAAAAAAAAGUUAAAAGAUUUCUGUACAAGUUGCAUUUGGUUUUAUUAAGUUUCAUGAUUUCUAAAUGUAAAUAAAAGGUAUAAUAAUGGUUAUGAAA